UGAAUAUAUUACUUGCACACGUAUAUUUCUUCAUACACUACAGUAAAAACUUAACUACAUUCCAUGCAUAUAGGUUCUGCCGGUAUAUGAUAGGACUCGGUGUAGAAUUAAAAUAAACAUAAAUUCACGCUGCUAAGACAAUCCGAGGUCACCUCGCUUUUAUUUCCAAUAGUCUAAUACAGGUGCAUCGUACAUCUCUUGUCGUUUUAUUCUAUCUACCACGAUGAAAAUUCAAACUUCCCUACUACUAGCUGUAGCAGCCAUAGCUGCGACACUCAUACCCCAUGUGGCAGCUCAAAACAAUGCAGAGAUCAUCAGUCGACAGUACGAAGCCCUACGCAGUGCUGAAAACAUUCAGAAACUCAAAGCCGCACAUACCGAGCGUGGUAGUGGGGGUUACUUUCCCAUGGCCAAUGAACUAGACAUGCAGGUGCUACAGAAUCUAGUUAAUGCCGAUGCAGCCUAUGCGCGUGUAAAUCGUAAAGGCCCUCCUCCGCCGGCUCGAAGACAUGCAGCAGAAAUGAAGGCAUCGGACCUGCACAACGUUGCGAACGAGGCGUACGCGGAUAUGAUUAAUAAGCGUAGAAGCGAACGGGAGGCUGAGAAUGCUGGAGGAAGCUUAUCUAGAGAGCGUAUUGACUUUACUAAGCACAUUGUCUCGCAGAAGGAGAUCAAAGACCGCAUGGAAAUGAGUGCACGCGAGCGUAGACAGGCUGAUGGAGAUCAGUUGCGUAUGGGUAUAGUGCGGGACGCCGACAAUGGCGGUUUGAGCAGUUUGUAUAGAAAAUUCAAUAAGGGCACUGAGGGUCACGGAGAGACCAAUAUACAUCCGUAUGAUAAGCGGGUGUUGGAUUAUUUUGCGUUUAUUAAAUCUCAGCAGCACGUGGCCAGUGACGGGUCUGUGUAUGAUCCGGUGGCGCCUGUACGGGGUGUGGAUGCGAAUGAGGACGCAAUAGAUAGCAAGGAGGUUGCUCAGGUGGUCAGUCCCUUCUCCGGAUUCGGUGCGUAUGUGGGUAUGGAUGGCAAUACAAACGCCUUAGAAGUGGCACUGGGUGUUACUUGGGGGCUGAUACUGCUGUGUGUGUUGUUGGCGGCGAUUGUAUUCUUCCUGAGACGGUGGCGAGAGAAGCGACCGGAAGACUACCAGAGUAUUACGGAUCUGAGCAAGAGUGGGACUACUACCAAGCGUACCACAGGGUAUGAGCUGAUGCGCGAUACCGAAGACUCGAAGGCCAACGAUGGCAACGUGUACUACUAGUAAGCUAUUGUUGUGAAGGUUGUCACUUACUGAUAUAUGCCAAUUUUACUGAGAAUACCAUAUUACACGAUCCGAUUAAACCCUAAACCCUUG